CGAUGUGAGUUCCUCAUAUGCUUAGAUGGAUGAUGAGGGUGGGAUCACCCAAGAGGGCGAUGAGCUUGAUGAUGACAUGACUUUGGCGGACGCUCAAGCUCGGUCCGCAUAUGUGUUCAAGCCUAGGCAGCCCAGACGCUGGUACACGCCCAACGACUAUGACAAUAGAGGAAACCCAAAGGUGGUCGUAGGGACCUCGCGGAUGGCUAGCUUGGAUGAUGAGGCGGAGGAGGAGGCGGAGGCGGAGGCGGAGGCGGAGGAGGAAGUGCACGAAGAGGAUCCUCGUGCUCCUAAGAAGAAGAAGCUUGCCUGCAGGCGUGCCACCAGGAACACGCGCGGAAGGCAUUAGUGCUUGUUUAUGUUAAUUGUAGCCGUUUAAUUAGGUUGACGAACUUGUGAGGUU